AUGGCUACUCCUGAGGUUGUACAGGAGACGGUAGGAGAUGGCCUUGGUCCGGAGCAGGAAACCGACACCCCUGGACCCGAGCAGGAGAUGAACGAAGCCUGCCUUGGGCUCGACAAAGUCGAUUUCUUCACGAUUGACUGGCCUGAGGGUAGGGUGCCUACCUAUCUCAACAAGGAGUAUGCGAGCUUUCUUCUUCGUGCUCACCAUCCCGAAGCGAAACCCCACAACAAGAUCAGCAAGUACUUUCGUUUCGACGAGAUCUAUGAACGGAAAUGCGAACACCAAAUUUCGGAGGAGGAGUGGGCCUUGUAUCUCGAGAAGAUCGAGAAGCGAACCGCCCAACUCAAAGAACAAGGGUACAGUAACCGGUUGGCGCUUCCAGCAGGCGAAUCGCACCCAGAUCCAUGUUGGCAGGUCCUCGCCAUCACCACCUCCAAUACCAACCUGCAGUCCAGUAUGCGGGCUGCCAAGGACAUAGUCGAGGACGCCCUAGAUGCUUUCGGAGACGAGGAAAGCUGUGCCGUCCUCGUAAAAGGCCUCAAAAACCACUUGCAGACGCGUCUCAAUGUCGUUGCGGAGCUCCGCAAAGACUGGUGGGGCCCGCGAGAUGAUGACCCACUCCGACAGGUGUCACUGGCCAGUUGGAUCCACUCCAUCGCCUGCUAUGCCCAGGUCCUCGAUCUCCUCGCAUACAGCACUGCUCACCUGGUUGCGGCGUAUGAGGAAGAGGAAUUAAUCUUCCAAGGCCGUAGCGUCAACGUGGACGAGUUCUACAACCAGUUCGGGUUUGAUCACAAUUCCUUCGCCCCCGUACCCACUUCCUAA